AUGGAUGUUGAAGCUCCUCAGAACGGAAGAAAGCGGCGCCGGUCUGCUGAAUCCAAACAGGCAGGUACGCGCACUAUCUCCGACGCGACAGGAUGUAGUCUUGAGAUUCCAUCUCACACCAAAACAGCACUAGCUAACAUUGUAACGUCAAAUACGAGCAAAAGAGCAUUUGCAGUCUUCGAUGAUGCUGACCAUGUAGAUGAGGGCGAACUGGAUAUGCCGCGAAAGAAGGCACGCAGAAGCUCCACCGUUCUCCAGGAAGUUUCUCCACGUAUUCUCAACACGGGGGGGACUCAGGGGAACCAGCUCCCUCAGAGCACCCGUGCUAUGCUUUUAUCAUCGUUAAAUGAUGGUUUGAUGUCUCCGCUUCCUCAGCCACCCAAUCGCUCGUUGCCUAAAGCUCGCAAUGACGAGAAUCGACCCGUUUCGACUCUUUUAGGUUCUCCGUUUCGGCCCACUCUGACAAAAUCAAGACAAUCUAGUCACUCGAAUCGCCUGAAACGAGGACUCUUACACCAUCCUUCAGACGGUGCCAUCCCUCGCUACCCCAUCUUCAAGCGAGAUCAACACAGAAGGCCUUCUGAUAUAUAUGUGCGCGUUCGUCGGGAUUCUUCUCUUUCUUAUAAGAAGCACCUGUCUCCACCUAAGAAGCCUGGACUCAAACGCGACGAUUCCUUGUGGGCCAAUUUGCAGCAAAGUACAUUCAAGACUCCACCAAAACGUCAAGAAUCACUUGAUUCUCUAUUAAUUGCUAGUUCUGAUGCUACUAUACUUCCGAUUCCACACGAGCCAAUUCACUUGGACACGCCUCCCAAUGAAACUGACCAACUC